GUUCCUUGGUCUCUCUCUCUCUCUCUCUCAGAGUUCACGUUUCAUUUUUCUGGUUAGUAUUACGCUUCCGUUAUGAGCCCCCCUCUCCACAGACCACAUUAUUUCCAAUAUUUGUACUUAAUAUAUCAGUUUUGUGGGUUUCGUUAGCUGUUGUUUUCAUUCCAAUGAGCUUAUUAAGGUUAUGUUGUUGUUGCCAUUGCUAUGAGCUCAUUUAGGGUGCGUUUUUGUUGCCAUUGCAAUGAGCUCAUUUGGAGUUGCUGUUGUUUUCAUUCCAAUGAGCUCAGUUGAUUAGCUGAAGAAAAGGGAUUUGAUCAUUUAAUUUAUUCGUCAUGAAGUGAAAAUGGUUAUAGAGAUUACACUGACUAUGUUGUUAUUGUCGUGGCGAUUAUUGUGUGUGUGAAACGGAAUUUUUUUUUUUUUUUGCCCCCCUUUUGUUGUGUGUGUCUAUAAUUAUUUCCCACUUCAUUUCUUUUCUUUUUCCUUGACAAAUUUCCUUGUCUUUCUGCUGGGCGAAAGAAUUGCCUAAAAGGGAUGAUAACUUCGUCUUGCCUUCUCUUAAUUUUGUUCUUCCCUUUUUCUAAAGUUUUCUGAUUCUUUUCGAAUUUAUACAAUUAUAUACAGUAUUUGCAAGAUCAAGAUGGAGAAUCAGGAAAUUCUCCUUCUUCCAGGUUUUAUAUUUAAACCUAAUGAUGAACAACUUGUUGGAUUUUACCUCAAGAACAAGGUUAAUUCCGAGUAUCAUGGCGAUGUCAUCCCUGAUAUUGAUCUCCGUAUGGAGCCCUGGGACAUCAAAGAUGCCCUGGUGGCUUAUGAAGGACAAGAAAAGUGGUAUUAUUUCGGGCGUAUUAACAGAAAAUAUGCGACAGGACCAAAGAUAAAUAGAACCACAGAAGCUGGAUACUGGAAGGCAUCAGGAGCAGAUACGGCAGUGGUUUCAAAGAAUGGGGAGAAAAUAGGUAUAAAGAGGACCCUUGUUUUCUAUGAAAGAAGAGCUCCUGAUCAGCCUAAAGGAAAGAGAACUAAUUGGACUACGUAUGAAUAUCGUCUCCUAACCUCCCAACAUGGACCUUCUGAUCAGCCUCAGGAAUAUCAAGAAUGGGUUGUAUACAAGGGACUCCAGAAAAGUCCAAAUCCGUCUAACCCAAGUUCAACAAUGCAUCAUAAUGAUCCUCCCAAUCCAGUAUUUAACCAAACAUCAAGUUUCAAUCAAUUCACCUUUAAUCCGUCUCAUCCUGAUCAAGAUAUUCUCAUCUCUAGCCAAAUUGGCUUUGAGAAUCAACUAGUUGAUGAACUUCCACAGCUACGUGGUAUCCCCAAUACCAGUUCAACAAUGUUUGGUACAGCACAAGAUCUAGGCCUUUGUGUGCAAAGCUCCAUAUCAUACGAUAUGAGUGCUAACAAUGCAGAAGAGAGGAGUCGUCCAUUCACGAUUGACCCUGCAACAUCUUCUUACUCUUUCCAUAAUUUUCAAUUACCCAUCACUAGUACUUCUGACUAUUAUCAGAAUCAUAUGAGCCAAAUGCCUGUGCCUGAAGGUUACCCAACUACGUAUACUUAUGACGAUGAUCAGAAUCAUAUGAGCCAAAUGCCUGUGCCUGAAGGUUACCCAACUACGUAUACUUAUGACUAUGAUCAGAAUCAUAUGAGCCAAAUGCCUGUGCCUGAAGGUUACCCAACUACGUACAUUUAG